AUGGUGAAGCAGACCAUCGGGAAGCCCUCGGAGCGAAACGACUUCAAGUACAAGGGAGUACGGAAGCGCAAGUGGGGCAAAUGGGUAUCCGAAAUCCGCCUACCCAACAGCCGCGAGCGAAUCUGGCUCGGCUCCUACGACUCCGCCGAGAAGGCGGCUCGCGCUUUCGACGCCGCGCUUUUCUGCCUGCGCGGCCGCACCGCCAAGUUUAAUUUCCCUGACAACCCGCCCGAUAUUCCAGGUGGUCGGACGCUCAGCCCGACCGAGAUCCAAGCCGAGGCGGCUAGGUUCGCAAAUUCGGAGCCUCAGACAACCCAGCACCACUCGGAUCAUUCGAUGUCGGAGUUGCAGACGGAGUCUCAGUCUCCAUCCCCGUCGGUGUCGGAGGGGAGUGGAACCGUCCUGAUGGACAGUGAUUUUCAAGUGACUCAAAACGAUUCGUUUUCGGAUCUUUUUAGGACGUUCGGGUCGGGUAAUUACGCAACGGAAUACGGGUUGUUUCCGGGUUUUGAUGAGCUGAACGGGCAGUUUUUCAGUCCAGCAACGACAGAGCCAACGACGGGCGUUGAUUACUACGCGGAAGAGAAUUUGGACGGCGCUAUGCCGGCUCAGGGGUCUUUCCUUUGGAAUUUCUAA